CAUGUAAUUGCCUACACUGGAUCCUCACAAGAGGUGUAUGGAGCCAAGGCAACCAUUAACGUGUGGGGUCCAACAAUCCAAGUGGCCAAUGAGUUCAGUCUAUCACAGAUCUGGAUUCUCUCGGGAUCGUUCGACGGCUCUGAUCUCAACAGCAUAGAAGCUGGGUGGCAGGUCAGUCCGGAGCUUUAUGGUGACAGCAGGCCCAGAUUGUUUACUUAUUGGACGAGCGAUUCAUAUCAAGCAACAGGGUGCUACAACCUUCUUUGUGCAGGAUUUGUGCAAACCCAUAACAGAAUAGCCAUUGGAGCUGCCAUUUCUCCUGUAUCAUCAUACACAGGCAACCAAUAUGAUAUCAGCAUCCUCGUUUGGAAGGAUCCAAAGCUAGGUAAUUGGUGGAUGAGUUUUGGUGACAACACCCUAGUAGGAUACUGGCCAGCUGAGCUAUUUACACACCUAGCAAAGCAUGCCACCAUGGUGGAAUGGGGCGGCGAGGUGGUGAACUCAAGGGCCAACGGCAAGCACACAUCG